AAUCAAUAAAAAAUUCUUCAAUCAGUUCUUAUUUAAUAUCGCCCAAAUUUCGACAAUUCAAAGAUUCGUCAAUUGAAUAUCGAAAAGUAUGGAUUUUCUCAAAUCGAUGAAAAAUCGAAAGAAGAGCAAUUCAAAAGAUACGAAUAAAAAGAAGAAUAAACAGCAAGCUUCGGCUAAGAAAAAGAAGAGCGGUGAUAAGAAUUGUUCGAAAAGAUCGAAAAAACACAAUACGAAGCAAAAAAGUAAAAGGGAGAAGAAAAGUGCAAGAGAGAAGAAAAGUUUAAGAGAGAAGAAAAGUGCCAGAGAGAAUACGAUGCAUGACAUUUUCGAUCGAGAUACUUUUGCCUUCCGACUCGAACACUGUGUUCAUCCAGAUGCAUUGAAUCGUCAUUCAGUACAGACAGAGGCGUUUGAGACUUUUACAACGACUGUCACCUCAAUGGGAGUCGAUGGAUUGGCCAAAGAAUACCUGGAAACUUUGGUUCCUUUUUUGCCAGUUGGAUACUUUGAACGAUCAAUUUUCGAUAAAAAUACGGAGUUCAAGAAAAAUCGAUACAAAGAUGUUCCUUGCAAUGACAAAACUCGUGUAAUUCUGAAAGAUGGCUAUCCGGGUGACUACGUCCACGCAAAUUAUGUAAAAGGUACAAAGCCUAUGUUCAUUCUGACACAAGGACCACUCAAGGACACUGCCAUGGACAUUUGGAGAAUGGUGCUUCAGGAAGGUGUAGCGGCGAUCUGCAUGCUCUGUGAGCUCAUUGAGAAUGGACGUCCCAAGUGUGAGCCGUACUUUCCUGAUACUGAAGGACAAGUUCUGACUUUCGGAGAGAUAACGGUCACUUGCACGGAAUCAACAACACCUGAUAACCACACCCAGUUGAAGAUGUUGACGGUUAUGGAUAAGAAGUCAGGAAAGUCACAUAAGCUGUACCACUACAAAAUUAUCACUUGGCCUGAUAAAUCAAUUGCUCUCUCCAAUUUGGCAAUCCUCCGAACCUUGAGAAGCCUGAGAAAGAUGCCUGGUCCAAUUGUUGUGCAUUGUUCAGCCGGAAUUGGAAGAACCGGAACGUUUGCCGCAAUCGAAGUUGGUGCUCAAUGCCUUCUAAAUGGGAAAGCCUUCCGACCGGCUGAUUUAGUGAGAGCUGUCAGACAUUGUCGCUUGAACAGUGUUCAAAUGGACACACAGUAUCUGAUGUUAGUCGAGGCAAUUCUGGAUUUGGGAGUGGCGUUCAAGUAUAUUGAAGAUCCGAAAUCACUUGACGCUAUUGAAACCUACAAAAGAAAUGUUGCAGACUAUGUUGAAGCUCAUCCGCCUCCGCUCGAAAUGUUCAAGGCACCGCCAAAAGUUGAAAUUGAGAAAGAAAAGGAAAAAGACAAGGACGAAGAUGAUGGAGCACAACCAUCUUCUGCUCCUGUCCACACUCCACCAGCUCCUCCAGCAAUUCCAAGUCCAGCAAAGCUUCCAACUGCCCCACCUCCUGUGGAGAAACCAGUUACUCCAUCUCCAAGUGCAUCCCCUCUUCCAUCCCCAGUUUCUUCACCUGCUCCACAACUUGUCCAAAAGCCAACCACCCCUACUGAUGCAUCUAAACCUUUUGUUGCUCAACCACCAUUUGCUCCAAAUCUGGGUGCACAGACCGGAAUGCAACAGCCUUCCAACUUCAAUAUCGAAAAAAGCUUGUACAAAUGAAAGUGCGAAUGAAACGAUAACUUACUCUUUUUUAUUAUGAUUUUUGGAAAUAAAUCUUGGAUGGCUAAACA